AUGCAAGAGUACAAGGGUGCGCUGCCCCGCUUGAAAGAUAAAAAGGAACACGAUGAAACAAUUCAAACCGCUCGAUCUGUUGAUACUUACAAUGGUGUAGAUGUUGGACUUUUGUCUUCAACUUCACAUGCUAGUGACCAAGGAGACGGUGAUAGUUCUUUAUUUGCUUCAUUGAAUACUGACAGCAUUUGUGCUACUAUAGUCAAAAGACUCGAGUUGCUAAAUACUUUCUUAGACAAUUUCUCAAGGCGUUCAGCUUUUGUUGUCAAUCAGAUGAAAAUGGUGGAAGAUCGUGAACGUUCGCUAGAGCAACGGCGUAGAGGUAAUCAGAGUAGUGUUGGGUCUCUGAGUUCAUUAGAAGAGUUUAAUAAUACAAAAGAUGAUACCAUUACAGUUGAAGAGCCAGGAAAGUUCAAUGAUAGCCACAAUCUCGAAGAGCAAUAUGUAUUUGACCAGAAGAGAAUCAUGAAUAAGGAACUCGCUUCCUUUAAUUACAAAAGACUGUUGCUUUCUGUUGAUCGUACGUUGAAACAGGAUACUUUGAUUUUCCCCAGUGCUGACUCUUUUGAACUUUUUAAGGAAUUGCGUGAAGAUCCGAAAAAAAGAAAGGAUUUAUCUACGAAUAUAAACAAUAAUUCGCUUUCAAAUGGCACAACAACAGAAGUCAGCGAUGACAGAACUCAUAUCAUACCAAUGAGUUAUAAAAUCGAGGGACAGGGCUUGCCGCUUUUAAGAAUGCAAAGUCCAAAAUUGUCUUCAUUUCGUAAAGAUAGUCCACAGCUUAUUUUCAGAAAAUUCAAAGAAAACCCAGCACCACCUCAAAAGACCAAUGAUGACACCGACUUUGAAACUUUUGAUUAUUGUUUUGUUUACCUUAAAUCUUUUUCGAAUUACCAUCGAUUCAUAUUUGAAUUCUUACCUCAUACUUCAUCGUGUUUCAAAAUUGUCAUGUUUCAAGCAAGUUUCAAACCGUUUGCUGACUUUACAUACAAGGGAACUCGUUUUAGAGUUAUAGGCACUUCAGCAUCCAACGGAUUCCAUAAUCGAUACAACCAACAAAUGAAAUUGCUUGUUAUCGAUGACGAUAAAGCAUCACUUUGUGAUGAUAUAAUCAAUGAGAAACCAAAGUCAGGAAAAUCAAAAUUUUUACGUUUCAGGAAAUCAAAUCAAGAAGGCUCAUCAGAAAAUGUAGAUUUCGAUAUUAAUGAUGCAACGACCUAUAUAAAUCCAAUUCCAAAUAAUCAGAAAUUUGUUGAAGUUUUGAAGCUGUGUUGCACUAAUCGACUUUCCUUUAUUCCUAAGAACUUGCUACCAUUUGGAAGUUUAAAAGAAGGAGCUACUUCUAAAUCCCAGCUUGGUCUGAUACCCAAAAAACAUAAUGACUUGGGAAGUAUUGAAUUGUACCAAGAUUUGCUGUCUACAUCCCCUUCACCGGCACAAGCAACAACAGCAGCAGCACCGCUGUAUGCUGAUUAUCCUGUUGAAGAAUCAUUUUUAAAUAGUACGUUAUCGGUUGAUGUUGACACAUUGGUCCUCGCGGUGAUGUUCAACACAUUGAGAGAAGUUGUUGUGAAAAACUCUGGUAAGAAUAGUAAAGCCUCGUUGAAUGGCACUAAGGGUGGGGUUAAUCUUGGGUAUUAUCAGCUGUUUGGGCUGGGUUAUUAG